AUGCACCUUGCCCAGGGAAUCAUGAAGGCCGACAUCGUGAAUCGCCUCACCAAAGCUGGCUGCGUCUUCGUGUUUUGGGUUGCGGAUUGGUUCGGCUUGUUGAACAACAAGAUGGGUGGUGACCUUGCAAAGAUCCAAACAGUUGGGCGAUAUUUCGUGGAGGUUUGGAAAGCGGCGGGCAUGAACAUGGAGAACGUCCGCUUUCUUUGGGCCGCAGAGGAAAUCAACAAGAACUCUGAUCGCUACUGGCUCCUGGUGAUGAACAUUGCCCGAGCUUUCACCGUCAGCCGCAUGAAGCGAUGCUGUCAGAUCAUGGGCCGCCAAGAAAGUGACGAUAUGCCCGCCGCGACCAUCAUGUAUCCAUGCAUGCAAUGUGCCGAUGUGUUCUACUUGGGAGCAGACAUUUGCCAGUUAGGCAUGGACCAGCGCAAAGUGAACGUGUUGGCCAGGGAGUUCAUGGACCGCAAGGAGUUUUGCCAUGAGAAGCGAGAGAAGCCCAUCAUUGCUUCGCACGGCAUGGUGCCGGGCUUGUUGGAGGGGCAAGAGAAAAUGUCAAAGUCUAAUCCGGACUCGGCCAUUUUCAUGGAGGAUUCAGUGGAAGAUGUGAGCAGGAAGAUCAAGAAGGCAUUUUGCCCUCCAAACCAGGUGGAAGGCAAUCCAUGCGUUGCAUAUGUGCGGAUGAUCAUUUUCCCUCGGUUUGGUGAAUUCGUUCUGAAGCGCAAAGCAGAACAUGGGGGCAACAUCCGCUUUGCUUCUGUGGAAGAGUUUGAGACCGCUUACGGUGCGGGCUCAGUGCAUCCGGGUGAUUUGAAGGCCAGUCUUGCAGAGGCCAUCAAUGAGAUCAUCGAACCUGUGAGGCUCCACUUCCGCGAGAACCCUGUUGCAGCCCAACUUCUGGAGACAGUGAGGCGCUACCAAACCACCAGGUGA